AUGAUUGGUUGUGCCAUGUACGAGUUGGUCAAGGUUGGCCAUGACAACUUGGUUGGAGAAGUCAUUCGUAUUAACGGAGACAAGGCCACCAUCCAGGUUUACGAGGAGACGGCUGGUGUCACCGUGGGUGACCCAGUGUUGAGAACCGGUAAGCCAUUGUCGGUCGAAUUGGGUCCAGGUUUGAUGGAGAACAUUUACGAUGGUAUCCAGAGACCAUUGAAGGCCAUUAAGGAAACCUCGGAAUCUAUCUAUAUUCCAAGAGGUAUCGACGUUCCUUGCUUGAACAGAGAAGCCAAGUACGACUUCACUCCUGCAUCUUUGAAGGUUGGCGACCAUAUUACUGGUGGUGAUAUCUUUGGUUCCAUCUUCGAGAACUCGUUGUUGGAUGACCAUAAAAUCUUGUUGCCUCCACGUGCUAGAGGUACCAUCACCUCCAUCGCCGAGGCUGGUUCCUACACGGUUGCAGACACUGUUUUGGAAGUUGAGUUUGACGGUAAGAAGCACUCUUACUCCAUGAUGCACUCGUGGCCUGUCAGAGUCCCAAGACCUGUGGCUGAGAGAUUGACCGCCGACUACCCAUUGUUGACUGGUCAGCGUGUGUUGGACUCUUUGUUCCCAUGUGUCCAGGGUGGUACCACCUGUAUUCCAGGUGCUUUCGGAUGUGGUAAGACUGUUAUUUCCCAGGCCUUGUCCAAAUUCUCCAACUCCGACAUCAUUACUUAUGUUGGAUGCUUCGCCAAGGGUACCGAAGUCUACAUGGCUGAUGGUUCUGAGAAGCCAAUUGAGUCGAUUGAGAUCGGCGAGCAAGUCUUGGGUAAAGACGGUGCUCUUUCCAAGUGUGUCUUGUCUCGUAACAGAGCUUCUGAGUCAGCCGUUGCACGCGAGGCUGAACCAUAUUACUUUGACCUCAACAAGACUGAAGUGGCAGACUAUUACGGAGUUACUCUCGAGGAUGGCUCCGACCACCAGUUUAUGUUGGCCAACACCGCACUUGUGCACAACUGUGGUGAGAGAGGUAAUGAGAUGGCUGAGGUGUUGAUGGAAUUCCCAGAACUUUUCACCGAGAUCAAGGGACGUAAGGAGCCAAUUAUGAAGCGUACUACUUUGGUUGCCAACACCUCUAACAUGCCUGUCGCUGCCAGAGAGGCUUCCAUUUACACUGGUAUCACUAUUGCUGAGUACUUCCGUGACCAGGGUAAGAACGUUUCCAUGAUUGCCGACUCUUCCUCUCGUUGGGCCGAGGCUUUGAGAGAAAUUUCUGGUCGUUUGGGAGAAAUGCCUGCCGACCAGGGUUUCCCAGCAUACUUGGGUGCAAAGUUGGCUUCCUUUUACGAGCGUGCCGGUAAGGCAGUUGCUUUGGGUUCUCCAGACAGAGUGGGUUCCGUUUCCAUUGUUGCUGCUGUGUCUCCAGCUGGUGGUGAUUUCUCCGAUCCAGUCACUACUUCCACCUUGGGUAUUACUCAGGUUUUCUGGGGUUUGGACAAGAAGUUGGCUCAACGUAAGCAUUUCCCAUCGGUGAACACUUCCAUUUCCUACUCUAAGUACACCAACGUGUUGGAUGGCUACUACGAGAAGAAUUUCCCAGAGUUUUCGACUUUGAGAAACAAGAUCAAGGAGAUCUUGUCCAACGCUGAGGAGUUGGAACAGGUUGUCCAAUUGGUCGGUAAGUCUGCAUUGUCUGAUUCGGACAAGAUUAUCUUGGAUGUCGCUACCUUGCUCAAGGAAGAUUUCUUGCAGCAGAACGGUUACUCCACAUACGAUCAGUUCUGUCCUAUCUGGAAGACCUUUGACAUGAUGCGUGCUUUCAUUGCCUACCACGACGAGGCCCAGAAGGCCAUUGCCAAUGGCGCCUCCUGGUCCAAGUUGGGUGAGGCCACUGGUGAUGUGAAACAUGCUGUGUCGAGUGCCAAGUUUGUUGAGCCACUGGAAGGUGAAGAAGCUGGCCGUAAGCAAUUCAACGAGUUGUUGACCAAGAUUGCUGAACGUUUUGCCGAGGCUGCCGAGUAA